UAUGAGCAGUCUCUGUUCACAAUGUCGUUCGGGCGGUACCGAAAUGCAAAACUGUUGUUGUUUAGUUUUUUAUUCAUAUUGAUUUUUUGUUCAUACAUGUAUAAAAGACAUGGGAGCCCCACGAAAGCAGGUUACAAUGUGCUGGUUUGGUGGAGCCCGUAUGAAAAGGAGAUGGAUUAUCACAGGAAAUGUGACCAAAUAGAAUGCCGCUUCACAAGCGAUAGGAAAGCAAAGACAGAUCCAUUCUUUACAGGCUAUCUAUUUUAUGGCACCAAAAUUUUAAUCAACGACAUGCCCUCCAAUCGCAGAAUAGGCGAAUAUUGGGGCUUAUAUCACGAUGGGUCUCCUAAAAGCGUACCGUUUUUGUUACAUGGAUUAGAUUUAUUCAAUUUUUCGUCAACGUUUAGCCGGCAUAGCACUGUUCCACUCACCUUUCAGCCAUUUACAACUUUAGAGAAGCUUAUUAGCAAUAAAAAUAUGUACACAUUUGGACAGAAAACGGCUUUUCAGAGGAAAAUGAAAUUAGCACCAAUUUUAUACAUUCAAUCCAAUUGCGAUACACUUACUGGUCGAGAAUUGUAUGUAAAGGAGCUUGGAAAACACAUUGCAAUAGAUUCAUACGGUCAUUGUUUGAGGAACAAAACGUUUCCAGCUGGUAUAACAAACGAUUCAAGAAAUAAGACUGUUAUACGGGAUUUCUACGAUUUUGUCUCAAAAUACAAGUUUAUAAUUGUAUACCAAGAUAUGAUUUGUGAAGACUACAUCGCUGAUAAAUUUUGGAAAUCCUUAACCUUGGGAAUUGUUCCUAUCUACUUCGGAGCAACCAAUAUAAGAAGCUAUUUACCAAACCCCGACUCAGCGAUUCUAAUCGACGAUUAUUCCAGCCCCCGAAAUCUAGCGCAGUUUAUAUUACAAGCAUCCAAUAAUGAAGAUGUAUAUGUAGGUUUUUUGUAUCACAAAGUAUCAAAUUUUUACCCUAUAUCGAAUCAAUUAUUGGUAAAUGCUAUAUUCAAAGAAGAUAUUUACUACAUAGAAGAUAGAAAAAGACGGACAAUAGCGAAAUUUGAGUGCAACGUAUGUGAGCAAAGUUUUCAACAACAAAAGCAACAAGCUCAACAGAAGGAAUUAUCGUGUAUGCUACCGUAUUUUCCACCUGGAAAUGUUACACAUAAAGCUGUUUCGAGGAUUCACAAAUUCAUCGAACGAUCACGAAUGGAAGCAGAAGUAGUACAUAAAAUGACGAAUGGGUGGUAAACGAUGACUGAUACUCAAUAAGAAUAAUAAAAAUGUAUCAAAUAAAGUGUCUUGAAAACAACAAAAAAAACAACAACAAGUAAAAGUAAAGCUUUAAACAGAGGAUCAACACAAUACCAUAAGAUGAUGA